CAAGUUACAGUGAAGAUGAAGCUUCUUUCAUUCUGUCCUAGCUCCACAGUGAGCGCCUCUCUGCCUAAUUUGAUCAUUUUCUUCAUUACUUAUCACAUUCACAAGCUGGAAUCAGCCCAGUUCAGAGUGGUGGGUCCUGGUUACCCUGUCACUGCCAUUGUAGGUGAGGCCAUUGUGUUACCCUGUCACCUGUCCCCCAGGAUGAGCGCUGUGAACAUGGAGGUGAGAUGGUUCCUAUCUGAGUUCACUUCAGUUGUUCACCAGUAUCAUGAAGGAAAAGAUCAGUAUGGAAAGCAGAUGCCAGACUAUCGUGGAAGGACAGAGCUUUUGAAAGGUGGCAUCACGGAUGGGAAUGUUUCUUUGCAGAUUCUUAAUAUCAGACGCUCAGAUGAAGGACAAUACUAUUGUUUUGUUCAAGACGGCUCUUAUUAUGAAGAAGCCCCAUUGGAACUGAAGAUAGCAGCUUUGGGCUCCAAUCCUCUCAUCUCUGUGGAGAGUCACCAGGAUGGAGGGAUCCGGGUGGUUUGUCAAUCGGCUGGGUGGUACCCAGAGCCCAAGGUGCUAUGGAGAGAUCUCCGUGGGCAAGAAUUACCAUCACUCUCUGAAGCAAAAUCCCUAGGGGAUAGUGGCCUGUUUGAAACAGAAAAUUCUAUUAUUAUAAAAGAACAUUCAAACCAGAACCUGUCCUGUUGGAUCAGGAACACCUUUCUCAAUCAAGAAAAGGAAUCAACAAUUUAUGUAGCAGAUUUCUUUUUCCCGAGGGUGAAUCCAUGGAUGGUGGCUCUGAGUGUGAUUCUCCUGGUUUUGUUUGGUUUCAUUGGCCUCACUGUUCAUCUAUUUAAAAUAAAAGGGAAACAUCUUGGAGAAAUCAGGAAACAUCUUGGAGAAAUCAGGAAACGUGAUACAGAAAUCGAUGAUCUUCAACGAGAACUUGACUGGAGAAGAAAUGUCGUCUGCCCAGACGAGCUCUCAUCUCUGACUCUGUGUUUCCAGGGCUGGGAAGUUCUGCGCCACCUGUACAAGAAGUGCGACCUGCAGAGCUUCCUGGGCCCACAGCCCAGCCUGGCUGCACAGCCACUGACGUGUGCCAGCCCCUAG